CCACGUCACUGCGGAGAACGCAAUCGCCAGAAAUCAAUAACCGGGAUCCUUUGAGCUCUUCGUUAAUGGAACACGUCCUCCCGUGAAUCAGUAUGGUAGAAAAGGUGCAGGUGUUACGGUCGCCGGGAGGUACCACCGCCAGGCACCUGUCUCCUGGCUAUGGAAGGGAGAGCUCCUGCCCAAUGCGGAUUAAAAUUUGAACAUGGUCGAGGGAGGAAUAACAUAGUAGCCCUGGCCAACAUUUUGUGUUCCUCACCAUCAUGUCGAGUUAAACAAAAUGGGUGUUUCUUUGCACUUUCUGUGUGUGUUAUCAUCUUGGAUAUGUGUUUGCGCGGCCACUCGGCAAGUCCUUACAAUCGGCGCCCUUUUCGAGGAGAGCAAUUUCACGGAGUUUUCAAGGAAUGUUCAAGCGGCCACGGGGCUGUUAAACGAUACGAAAGGCUUCAGAUUCGAUCUUCGGGUAGUACCUAUAGAGGUCAGGAACGCCUACUCAAAUAUGUCGACAAUAAGUGAUAUCGUUGCGAGCAAUAAUAUCAAUGUUCUGCUUAGUGUUGGUCAUACUAAAACCUUACAAGCCAUGCAAAUUAUUGGAACAUCUAUAGGAAUACCAACCAUAGGAUAUUCCUUGAGCGAAAUUGGAAUCUUAGCGCAGGGAGAAGAGGACCUUUACGUACAGUACGACGAAUCGGAUGCACUGCUCGCCAAAUCCGUUAUUCAGUUCUUAGAUACUGCUGGCUUCCGUCACCUGUCGAUAAUAGUUGACAAGUCCUAUGCAAAUUGUGAUCAUCAUGACCGUUUUCUCGAGACAUUCCGAACCCAAGGCGAGUCGGACCUGUGGUCGAUUGAAGAGGUGGUCCGCCUCAAUGCAUACGACUCUCUCGAUAGUAUUAAACUCAAACUGACCAAACUCCACGAAAACAAAUCGAAAGUUAUCGUAGUAUUCUUGCCUUUGUUCCUCCUGAAGCGGCUGGUGGCUGCUGCGGAGUAUCAUAACCUUUUCGGGUUAGGGUACGGCUGGUUCAUUGCCAAUCAUACCUUGGACUUCGAUAACGAAACUAUGCAGAUGUUACCCGUCGGAACCAUUGGCAUUCAGCGUCUAGCCGUCCCUAAUUUUUCCGAUCUCAUCCAGGAUGUGGUGCGCCUUAUUGCUACGGCUACUGAGGGUCUCGCCACGGAUAAUAACUCGAUCUUUCAGGCUAUUGUAGAAAGAAACGUUUUCUGUUGUAACACUUCUGAGUUGGAAAAGCAAUACGCACAAUUACACUUCAGGUCUAUCAUCAACACACUAACCACAGUCGGUUUCGACGUCUACGGUUCUCGGAACGUCAGUGAUUUCUCUAUCGUCAAUCUGAAGCCAACGGAGACCGAGCCCAAGGCCCUGGUCCAGGUUGGCGAAGUCAGGAACGGAAAGGCGCAGCUGGAUACCAUAGUGUGGUUCGGAAAUUCACUCAUUGCGCCUACUGUGAACGGUAAACGGAGAUUACGGGUAGUUACGAAUCUUGUGUCGCCUUUCGUGAUGGCAAUGCGACCUUUCACUCACGAUAAUAGCUGCUUGACAGAAGUGCAAUGUCUUAAGUUCAAAGACAGCAACAUGACCGAUAAAGAUGAAAUUGAUCAGAUUUUUCAUGAUUUUAGAAGUCGCAUAGUCGACCCCACCAGGCCUUAUGAAAUAUAUUGCUGCUCUGGUCUGAGUAUAUCGCUGCUGCAGCAGUUAUCCAAAGACUUGAAUUUCGAAGUCGAAUUGUAUAUAGUUGCGGAUGAAAAUUACGGUGCUAUUGUUAACGGACGCUGGAACGGUUUGGUGUAUGACUUAAUGACCGGUUCGGCAGACUUGGCCGUAGCUGCCUUCAGUAUUACUAAGAGCAGAUUAUAUGUGAUAGAUUUCUCUGUGCAUUAUUUUCAAUCCGGAUAUUCGAUACUUGUCCGAAAAAAAGAGGCUCCGACGCCGAUAAAUGCUAUAUUUGAACCGUUUGAUAUAGAGGAAUGGUUGAUGAUUGCUCUCUCGGCUGUGAUUGCCGCGAUAGCCAUGGCCGUCUUGGAAUGGAACAGCCCAUUUGGGUUGUCACCAAAUGGCAGGCGGCGGGACAAAAACUACUCCCUAGCUUCCUCCAUGAACACAGUGUGGGCAGUCUUGUUUGGCCACACGGUCAAGACGAAAACUCCAAAAUCAUGGCCGGCCAAAUUUCUACAAAACUGCUGGGCGAGUGCCUCUAUAUUCGUGAUAGCCAGCUAUACUGCAAACAUCGCCUCGUAUAUCGCUGGAAAGAACCUUCCAGUCAGUUAUAUAGGGAUUAAUGAUCCAAUGCUUCUGGAAAAAUCGUUCAAUGUAGCGGUCUAUAAAGGACAUGCGGUCAAUGACUUUCUUACUGUAAAGCCGGCGCUUCACCAAAAACUCAAGUAUUUGAAUCAGAUGACCGAUGAGAAAUGCAGCACUCAAAUUCCUAUUUCUAUGCUGACGUCCGGUGAAAUCGACGCUUAUUUGGAUGACACACCAGUUCUUACCUAUGCAAAAAAUACAUUGGACAGCAAGUGCGUGCUGAGGAUGGCAGGAAGACAGUUCGGGGCGGAUGGAUACGGGUUGGGGUUCAAGAAGAAUUCACCUCUGGAGAACGAAUUCUCGGCAAUGCUGUUGAAGUACCGCUACAGUGGAUACAUCGAGGACUUAAGGAGGCAGUUUUUCUCCGCCGUGCCGUGUGUGGUUCCGAAUAAGAAUCGGAAUGAGCUUUCAUUCACUAUCAAACAUUUGGCUGGGAUAUUCGUCAUGAUCUCUGUCGGGGUGAUAGCAUCGCUCUUUCUGCUGACUCUUGAACACGUCGUUUUUAAGUACACCAUCCCAUAUUUAAGACGGAAGGACCCCAAGAGCUCUUGGAAAAGUAUUAAGUUAAUGUUUUUUAGUCAGAGAAUGUAUAGAAUAGUACACAGUAUAGAGCUAGUUUCUCCUAAUCAUUCUGCCAAAGAAAUGGUGACGGUUCUAAAGAAAAGACAAUUUGAAAAGUUGUUCACCAAGGAGACACGGAGUGCGACAGUGCACAAGGAAGCACCUCCGAAAAGCAAGGGAAAACUCUUUGACCUUAGCAACCAACUAAUCUGGCUUCGGCGCCAGCAACCGGCAUCUCCUCAAACUAAAGCCAUAACGAAAUCUACAGAGUCGAUAGCAAUAUUAAGUAAAGCAACGCAGACCUCAUCACGUGAAAGCCCUGAAGAAAACUUCAGCGAGAUCUUCCUACAUCAGUUAGACAGUGAUAACGAAUACAUUGAAAUGGAUGAAAUCAUGAAGGAUUGGCCUGAAAACUGGGAAACACAGUUUAGGCGGACAGAGGAAAGACAAGGGGCUGACCCUGAUGGUUUUCCUUAUUAUAAGAAUGACACAUUUUCUUUAGAGGAUGAGGAAAAUUCUUGUUUCAGUGCAGCGCGGGUGGGUGGGGGUAGGGAACUAAGUGGUAGGAAAAGUACUGAUCCUCACGAAGGACCCUCGGAGACACCGAAUGGCAGGGACAGCGACAUAGUGAUUUCUCCACGUGGCGGCUCAAUUGGGACAAGCACAAACUCAACAGAAACUGCGCCAAAGCGACACAGGCACAAGAAGUUAAGCUCAAGCAGUACCUUGAGUGGUGGAAAGGAAAAGCGAGCAAAAUCUACCUUAACCAAAGAAAAAUCUGCUGCGAUUCGGAAUGGUAUAUUGAGAAGGAAAGAAGACAAGCGGACUAUGGAUGGUGUGAGCAAGGAAGACUUGGUUAAGAUGUGGAGAAAGGCGGAAUACGAAUACAGCAAGGAGAUCAAGAGACUCAAAGACGAAAAGGAUUUACUGCAAAUAAAGUUAAAUGCCUUGUCCGAAUUAGAUGCAAAAGAAUUCACAGACUGUCAUUGGGUGUAGCAUAAUAUUGCAUAUUUUUUAUCAGCUCAGUAUUAGCAAGUAUGUAUUACGACCACAUACUUAGUAUUAGGAACACAUUUUGGUGGAGUAAUUUAGAAAUUCUUACAAGGGAGACUGGGUAGUUAGGUUUAUAAGGACCUAACUGACGGCUCCAUUAUGCCAGUAUACGCCUCCCUUGUUUCUUGGGAGGGGGUCCGGUGAGGAGUUGGGAGAGACUCAACCUCUGUCACUUAGUCUUUCGCGGUCGUGGCGUCUUGUAAAAAUAUUUUGAGAUGGUCUGUUAUUCACUUUGAUGAGUAUAUAUCCGAAGUCUCAGGUUGUGGUUUCUUCAUAUUCACGAUAAAUGUACAAUCUAUUCCCAUCAGAGUGAGUAGUUAGAUCAUCAACCAGUUACGAAAGUAAAGGUUAGAGUCGAGGUGAUACAUAUUUUUCUCAAGCUAGUACUUCCCUGGGAAUUCUUGUAAGGUGUUUCGAGUUUUUUCAAGAUCCUCCAUUUGAAUUUGUAUAUCAGACAAGCAAGCCAAACUAAUAAUGCUGAAACAACGAAUUGAGUAAAUUUAUGGUAAAUACGCGUAUAGAAGGAGCGUGUUCCUGGGGUGGAUUCUAUGCUGUCCUAUGCGUCCCUAAUCAAAGAUAGUUUAAAAAGAGUUCAACAGGCUUUAUUGUCUUUUUUUCAUCCAAAAUUUGUUUUACAUGAAGAUCAUCAUACAAUCAUAUGGCGGCAUCUAAUACAUUUUUAUACACUGUUUGCAUGUACAUAAACAUGGCAUGUAUGUAUACAGUGUAUAGAAAGAACUUUCUCCAUCUAUAUAUGCAUCCUUACUGAUUCCAAUAACAUUAUAAGGGUUAUUAUAAUUAUGGAUAAGUAGCUAUUAAAAAAUGGUACCGCAGCUUUUUCUGUUUUCUUGUGUUAGUUCUCCUCCAGGAAGCUAGGAUAUGAUACAGAAAGAAUGCAGAUAUGAUCUAAUAUAGUAUUGUAUAAACACCAGAAGAACAUGCAAAUGCACUGGGUCAUGUAGUAAAAGAAUAACUAUCGAACUGACAUUACUCCAUUUAUUUAUUUACUGAUUUAUGAACGCAAAGUUUUUCUUGCGUUCAACUCCAAUUUCUAUCAUGUAUCAUGGUUUUCAUCGUCAACCGCGUUGUUUAUCAAAACACAUAAAAUGUUGUUGUUGUGGGGUAAAAAAUACUCGAACAGACCUUUGUAUGUUUGUGUUGAUUUGGUUUGGUGUUGAUAUUUAUUGAAAGGUUCCAGGUUCUGCAAGACUCGAGCACUGAGGUACCAGUGUUCUCCCAGUGUCUCUCACAGUGAGAAUUUUGCCCCUGUAAGAGUUUAUGUUUUCUUUGUAAUGCCUCAGUCUCCGCUGCUAAUCAGCUGCACGACUAGAAAAUGCUAAAUGGAAUAGUUUUGCCAUCAUCAUGAUAUUGUCAUUACCAUGUCCAUUACUCAAUCUCAAUAAUCUCAUAAUCUCAUAAUCGCCAUUCACUUUGCCAACAUCACUCCAAUCGACACCAUAUCUAUCAUCGUCAUUAUCAUCAUCAUUGUCAUCAUUGUCACGAUCGUUAUCAUUAUCAUCAUCAGUAAGGUCUUCAGUGUGGUAGUACAUAGUCCUAUGUAUAUUAGCAUCAUCAUCAUUAGUCAUCGCCAUCAUUACACCUGUACCAUUGAUAGAGGCAUCAUCAUCAUCAUCAUCAUCAUCCUCGUCGUCGUCGUCGUCGGCAUCAUCGUUAUCAUCAUCAUCUUCAUCAUCGUCAUCAAGAUUAUCAUCAUUAUAGUCAUUACCGGCAUGUGUUCAUCAGCAUCAUAGUCAUUACCGGCAUGUGUUCAUCAGCAUCGCCAUAGCCAUAGCCAUUUCCAUGGCCAUCAUCAUAAUCUUAGUCUUCUCAUCCAUAACCAUCGUCAUCGCGAUUAACACAAGCAUCAACCUUUCCAUGCUCAUUUAUCAUCAACAUCCGGGCCGAUUAACCCAAUCGUCAGCAUGUCCUUGGUCAUCCUCAUCAUCGCCUCCAUAUACCUAUUGUCAGCAUCAUUACCAUAUACAUCGGUGUUAUCUUCUAUAGCCGUUGCUUACAUUAUUGUCAUCACCAUAAGCUUUUCAUGGCCAUCAUCAUAAUCAUUUUCAUUUCACUGAAGUCGUUAUUUUCAUCUAUAUGUACUGGUGGCAUCAUUCCCACCAUCCGCGAAUACCAAGGUCAGUUGUAUGCUCCCCUCUUCCCACACAUGAAAGGCCCGCUACAGCUCAGGGUGCAUUCCUACUAGCCCAGAGGGAAUUUUCCUUUAGCUCGGUCGGUAGAGUGGUCGUCAUGUAAGCCAGUGGGCUUCAAACUCUGCUGGUACCUUUGUGGUUUUCCUCUGUUACAAUUAUCAUGGUCAUCAGUAACGUUACAUGUAUUUCAUUUGCCAUACCGUCCUCUUGAUCUAGCUACCAUUGUCAGCAUCAUUACUCAGCAUAUCCAUUGCCAUUAUCAUAUUGUUGUUGCCAUCAUCAUCAUCAUCACCAUCACAAUACGGUCAUCUCAACAGAUAAUUCACUGCCGACAUCAUCAAUAACAACACUAUCAUCAUGACUAACACCACCAUCAUUAUCAUUAUCACAAACAUUAACAUUAACGGUUCCAUUACCAUUACCAUGGCCAUCGUCGACAAAUCGUGUUGUCAUUCAGUCAUUGUCGUUGAUGUAAUUAUCGUCAGCAUCACUAUUCCAGCAUUUUAAAACAAUCCUGGCCGCGUCUUCUUGAUUUAUCCGUUCCAGCUAACAGUCCAAGGUUAUGAAAAUGAUAUGUUUUUUAGGCUUCUACGUGUUAAGAGGAUUUUCAUCCCCCAAGCAUUUACGGGAUUUUCGAAAGCAUAAUUUAGAGAGUAUUCCAUGUCAAUUGCUGCGGCACCGGUGUGCUCAUCAAAUAGGCCAAUCACGAAGCCCUAUUUGGGUUAGUUCCGGUCAGUUUUGCUUUCAGACAUGUUGACCCGUUGGUUGUGAAGUAUGUGCAUGGAGUGUAGACUACUGAUGACCUUAUGUAGGAUUUGGUCUGGAGAUGUUACUUUUGACUUAAUCACGUGAUCGUAGCUUCUCCAAGAUGGAAAUUUUGUAAUUAUGGCCCUGUAUAAGAUAUACAUCUCGUUGUACUUUCAUCUUCAUAUUGUAGAAAAUAUAUCAUUUUAGAAGAUGCACUGUAAAUUUUUCUGUAAAUAUGUAAAUAUGUAAAAACACAUGUAGUUUCAAAGGUUUAUAGACACCGGUUUACGUCAAGGAGAAUCUGCAAACCUAUUUGGUGGAAUUCACAAACAAAAUGCAUGCAUUACUGCAACGCAAUGUUAAAACCAGAUGCAGGACCACGGCAGAUUGACGUAUACAUUACGGACGUGAUUUGAACAAAGAAUGACAGACAUGUGGUAUUCGACUCGAUGACUCAACGACGCGAUGGCUUAACCCUCGCUGACGGUAGUUGAUAAAGCUUGGAAUCAGUGAAACCUUGGAACCAGUGAUAAACCUUGGAAUCAGUCCUAAAAAUGCAUAAAAACAUGAAAUAAUGCCAUUCGAACCUAACGUGGUUACGAAUCAACAUUUGGAGCUUAUUCUUACAUGAUCAGAUCGGAAUUUUAUCGUAAUUUAGAAAUCUGUCGCAUAUCCGAUUCAAUAGUCUAUAUUUUAGAACAACCCAGUUGUACCUCGCCUCCAGUGUACAGUACUGAUCUCCCAAAUAUGGGAAGACACGCCCACCACACACCCAUAAUAUGGACCAAUAGCGCUCCGCUUAUAAAUACGCCACCACCACGCGGGGCCUAUUUGAACUACGGAUCGGUCUGUUCAUACAGGGUGAUACAGAGAAAAUUGGGGGCCUGUCAUGCAUUAUGCAUGGAUAAGGUUGACGACUAUGUCUAGACCUAAUUGUCUAUGAUUGACUGAUAUUUUAUAACAAACGAUGAAUAAAAGAAGCCUAGUCAUGUAUGUUUAUUACCGAAGUUUGCGGAUGAAAAUUUCCUUCGCCGUGAGCGAUUUCUUACAUCUUCCAGUACGCAUCGAGGGAUGCAGAGAUCUUUGUGACGUCACCAGUUCUAAGCGGUUUUUUUAUUCACGUGUGUGUUUGUCCUAUGAUCUCGUGCAUCUAGUACCGAGCAUAAUACUUUAUCGUCUAUGGAAUACAAAACAAUCAUAAAAACUAAUUUUUGCUUCCAUUGAAGAGAAAUAAAAUAUUUUAACGACCACAGCAUAUUGCCAAUUGAUGACGUCAUCCUCCACAUUAAAAAUGUUGGCUUCUGAACUAACUGGCAAAUUGCUAUCAAUAAAGUCAGCUGGGACGAGACUGUCAGUUGGGAGGGUAUAAAUCGUGGAAGGAACGCACCCGGUUUCCCGCGCUAUUUGCACAGUGAUUCCAUGGUUUACAUUGAAUAUUCCAAGGUUUAUCAGUGUUUCCAAGGUUUCACUAAUUCCAUACUUUAUCAAC